UCUAAACAAGGAAGGAAAUAGAUAAGGUCAUCGCCACAAGAAUCCACACAAACACACACUGAGUCCACUUUUGUUCACAAACACCAAAAACCACUAACAAUGGCGACCCUGCAGAACUCACCCUCCCUCCACAGGACCCCUGUCCUCAACUCCUUCACCAAGUUACACAAGCAAAACACAUACCAUUGCUGUAGAAAAAGCAAUUCCUUUUUGGUAAGAGCAGAGCAGGCUUCAGCAACUUCUACAUUCUUUCCUUCUCAAGUUGGGUGUUCAUCUUUGGCAGAUAGAUCCGGGAGACGCCAAGUGCUAGCAGCAGGAACAAUUGCUUCUUGGGCUCUUCUAACUAACCAACAUUCUGUAUCAUUUGCUGCAGAAAAUAUCAAGGGAUUUCUGCCUGUCACGGACAAGAAAGACGGAUACGAAUUUGUCUACCCUUUUGGAUGGCAGGAAGUAACCAUUGAAGGUCAAGACAAGGUAUUCAAGGAUGUCAUCGAGCCGUUAGAGACUGCAAGUGUGACUCUGUUCCCAACCGUCAAGCAAGACAUCAAAGAAUUCGGGUCCCCACAACAGGUGGCUGAAACUUUGAUCAAGAAGGUUCUCGCUCCUCCUACCCAGAAAACAAAGCUGAUUGAGGCAGUAGAGCAUGACAUCGAUGGGAAAACAUAUUACACAUUUGAGUUCAUUGCUAAGGCUCCAAACUUUACUCGCCACGCUCUCAGCACAGUAGCUAUCGGCAAUGGCAACUUCUACACGUUGACGACAGGGGCUAACGAGAGGAGGUGGGACAAGAUGAAAGACAAGUUACACACCAUCGUCGAUUCCUUCAAGCUUUUCAAAGUCUACGAUUAACAAUUCGAUAGAGGAACGGCUCACGUCAAUACUGAUACGAGGCCAAACUCUAGUCAACACUUGUGUAUCUGCUCAUUCAACAGUUUUCUUUUGCUUUCUUCUCUUUUUCCCUUCCAAUUUUUCUUUUAAUUUUGCAUUUUGAGAGGGUAGGAGAAGGGGAGAAUCCUUGCUCUUCUUGUGAAGAAAUAUAAUCAUUCAUAUAUGAAAAGAUUUGUUAAUGUC